GGAAGAAAUUCGUUGAACAGAAAGCAGCAGGCGGUUGGUUAGAUAUUGUUGCGAAGUUUGCAAUGGAUUGGCUUGCUUUUAUAAACUGCUUGUAGUAAGCAGCUAUAAAUAGGCUGUGAUUCGCAGGGUAUAAGUGACGUUAGUUGUUCGCCUGGCAACGCAGCGUAAAAGUUUGUAUCAAAUUACGCAUUAAAUUGCCUACAACGAAACAGAAAGAAAAUGUCUGCUCGAUCUUUAAUAGGGUCUUUCCUCUUACUUCGUGUCGACGCUUAUAGGCUAAAUAUGGUAAAGGCUGAUGCAUAGCAGUUUAGCGUAAAAUUAUCCUGUUGUGUUUGCGUCUCCCGACCAGGAUGUGCGUGUUGGGCAGACAUUGGGAUUUAUUUAAUUAGGCCUAUAUAGGGUAUAUAUAGAAACUAUUAUUAAAUAAGCAUAUGUGUUCUGUACAUGUCACACACAAUAUAAAGAUACAUGCGAGGUGUUAUUAUUUGACAGGAUUUCGUAUAUAAUAAGGUAUGACGUUUCUGAUCAGUGGUUUUAAUUCGCCUCACAAUAUAUUGCCAUGUGAGUUUACCCAAUUAUACCCGCCUAUACGACCACAUUUUGAAUUAUGAGCAGGAAUCGCCGUUGUGGUUAUGUUUGCAAUUGCUCACAACAUACUUGACAAAGUGUAUAAAAAGUUUAACGUAGGUUGUCAGCGAUCUGCAGUGGUCAUGUAACGGUCACAUGUACACUGCAUAUAACCGACCUUCGUAUUGCAGGGUUUUUCGUAGACUUGUGUUUUUCGUAGAACGCUGUUAAAUUUCCAGCAAACAUUUUGUGAUGGUCUUGUAACGUCGCAAUGCAAUCGUUAUAACACCUUUCUUAUCUAAACUGUAACCAUUAUAAUCACUACACAAUGGGAAAAUCACCUCCGAGCUAUAAAGUGUUAGUCGUUGGCUCCAAAAACGUCGGCAAGUAUUCAUUGUGCCAGCAGUUUGUAAAAGGAUGGAUAGCAGAGAAACCUGGAGACGACGGACCUAUGAAAAAGACGGUCCAGAUAAACAACACGAAAGUUGAAUUAGAAGUUAUCAUACACGACGUUGAAGGGAAAGAAGAAAUAGGAAAAUGUGAUGGUGUAAUUCUAGUUUACUCGAUUAUCGAUGCUGCUUCUUUAACCUUCGUUAAAAGUAUCGCUUUUCAAAAAUUGCACGUCGCUCUUGGGUCUCGAUCAAAUGCAGACCCUGGAAACGAUAAAACAGAAGAUGGCGAAACUACGAAGCUUAGACAAGCGGAUGAAGGGUCAACCAAAGGAGUUGAAAUGCCGACCUUACACCCAGAACAGGUCAGCUUAUCUGUUCCAGUUGUUUUGGUCGGGACCAAGGAGGACGAAGCUAAGUUGUCUCGGCAAGUUGAUUUAUCUGAUGCCGAGACACUAAGCCAGGAGCUUUCGUGUGUUGGUUUCUUUGAGACUGCAGCCCCUUGUAAUUCAAAUGUGGCAAAGGCUUUUGAGUGCGUCGCAGAAGAUAUUGUGAAUAAAAGAGCAAAUACAGUCACACCUGAAACCAAAAGCGGCUGCUGUAUCGUGCUGUGAAUUGCUUUUUUAUACGUAUUGUAUAACGAACUAUUUUAUAUGUUUUAUGUUUUUUAAUGAUUUUAUAGUCAUUUCGCUGCACAUAAACUUUGCUCAAAGUGAUUUUAUUGGGAAAAUAUACACAAUCAUGAAAUUACACUAUUUAAAAAAACUGUAUUUAUUUUUGUAAACUCUACAGUGACACUGUAAAGAAAAUCCCUAUUUUAAGUGUCACAGUUUACUAAAAUUUAAUUUAAAAUUAUCUAACACACAAAACUCCCCAAAAACUGGUUACGUCGCUUUAGUAAAAUUUCUAUUGUAAGCCACGCUUAAUAACAGGGAAAGUCCCGAAAAGUGACGUAGAAAAAUUAUAUUUUGCUAAAGUUUGUAUAUCGUGCAUUCGUGCUUAAAUAAGAUAAUUUAUAAUAAAUAACAAAUAGUUAGUCAGAACUGAUAAACUGGAACAUCAUGACAGAGUCGACAGAGAUGGAAAAAUCAAAGCGCCCGAAAGUUUCUUUGCUUCCAAUUGCACCUUCUACUUUAUGUUUUGAUAAAAAUGAGUUUAUGAAAGCAGAUUUCAGUGUUGACCACUUUGUUGCUGAUUGUAGAAGACGAGUUCAACUGGAAACACUGCGGCAAGACCUUGAGAUUUAUUUUAAAGUUCUUAAAAAUGCAAUGAUUGAACUGAUCAACAAAGAUUAUGCUGACUUUGUUAAUUUAUCUUCAAAUCUGGUUGGAAUGAAUAAAGCGAUUGAACUUUUAAGGGAACCGUUGUCGAAAAUCAAAGUUGACGUAGGGGAGGUUGUUGAAGUGAUGAAGAAUAAAGUGGAGGAGGUUGAAAGAUCACUUGGCCAUCAGAAGAUGGUGGGAGAGAAACGGAUUCUUCUUUCUCAUAUGAAGGGCUUGUUGCAAGCGGUGGAAAAGAUUGAACAUAUUCAGAGAUCGGAUGAUUCAAACACCGGACAGGUUCUUGAACGUAUCGCCGGUGAAUUCAACCAGCUUCAACAUCAUGCCACGUUUUGUAAAGGUUUACCUGUUCUUAAUCAUAUAAGGCCGCGAAUAUCAGACAUUACCAGCAAUUUACAAAAUGGUUUGGAAGGAGAAUUGGUGCAGGGUAUUGCUUCUAGUGAUCUACGCAGCAUACAUCGCUGUUUAAACUCAUAUGCAUUGAUUGGGAAAACAAAGGAUGCAGAAAGUUUAGUUCGGGCCCAUGUUGUUCAACCAUGUCUACACCAGGUUAUAGUUGAACACAAUGGAGAUAGCGGAAUAAACAACUUGAAAUAUUUAUUCAACAAAAUAUUAGAAUCGGUUCCUGCUCAAUUGAAACUACUUUGUGACAUCACAUCAGGAAGACAAUUACAACUUGGAGAUCAGUUUAGGGGAAUCCCGGGUUAUGACUUCAUGAUCAACUCGGCGUGGCCUGAAGUUGUCUCUUCAUUGGAGACUAAUCUCCCUGGAAUAUUUGCAUCUGGUGAUCCUGACAUGUUCCACAAGAGAUACAAGCUAUGUAUGGAAUUUAUUUGUAACUUUGAAAGGCACUGCGGCUCUCAAGCGUCAAUCAUCAAACUUCGUCAAAGUGAUUCUUACAAUGUUCUCAUGACGCACUGGAGUUUGCCUGUCUACUUCCAAAUUAGAUUUCAGGAAAUUGGAGGAAACUUUGAGUCUGUGUUGUCUAAUACUGAACAAGCAUUACUCAGUGAAGAAGGAAAAACAUUCAGACUGAAGUCCACUUCUGUGUUAUGGGAUUGCAUAAGAAGGUGUUGGAAUAUCGAUGUUUUUCUACCAAGUCUAAUGCACAGGUUCUGGAAACUCACACUGCAGUUGUUAGCAAGGUAUAAAACAUGGAUACAAAAGAUUCAGAGGGAACAGAUUGCCAAUGAUUCUCAGUUUCCUUUGGGUAAAGUAGCUGAAAUCGCUUUGGACAUCGAAGCACUUGUGGAUCAUGUAAACACUUUCUAUCUUGAUGAAAUUCAACCCAAAGCCACAAAACAAGGGUUGAAAGAUGUUGACAUUUUACAAAGAGCACUGAAUGAUAUUUUCUCUGAAUUGAAAACACACAAAGAUGAUCUAAUAAACCACAUUGUGACAUCACUAUCCUCACAGUCUAUUGUGUUCUUAAAACAAGCUCAAGACGUACCAAGACUUUUUAGAAAAACAAACAGACCAACUCCAACAGAGCAGUCAACAUACGUUACAAACCUAAUGAAACCAAUUGUUGCUUUCCAUGGUGGGCAAACAUCUUAUAUAAAUGAUGAGUUACUCUCACAUUGGUUGACGCAGGUGGCAAUACCAAUAUCGGACAGAUUUCACAGCGUUGUGUCCGAGGUCCUCACUUCUGUGAGGAAGAUGGAAGAGAGCUUGCUCCGAUUGCAGAAGAUGAGGUCUGGAGGAAAAUCUUCUUCCAGUAACCUUGCAGCAUUGGCGGGAUCCUCUUUAUCAGAUGAUGAUAAAAUACGACUUCAGUUGUUUAUUGACGUCACCAGUUUUGGAAAGCAGAUGUCAGCUUGUGGUGGGAAAAUGGACACAAUACCAGUGUACCAGAAACUAUUCCAGUUGGUUGAAGAAGCCAAGAAGAACCCUAGUUGAAUUGAAUAAUUCAAUAUUUAGUUAUACUUAUCAGAUUAUAUACAAUGGAUUGCUAGUAUCAAUGGUGGCUACUUAUAUUUUUGCAUAUUAUCCCAUAUAAAACGCGCAAUAAUAAAGUUAUGAGAUGUGUUUAAAGAAAGUGAGUUUUUUAGGUAAAAAAUUGUUUAUUUGAACUGCUUGUUAUAUGGUGAAGAAGUAACUGUUCAAAUGAAAAACUCCGGUGGUUG